UUUCUAAGUUUCUUUAUAAUCAAAGAGAACAAUAUUUUUCCCCAUAAGUUGAAGAUGUACAAAUUUUCAUGUUAUGGAAAGAAAUUGCAAUAUCUUUCUACCUUUUUUUGGCAAUCAACAUGUUUCGUUAUCAACCCAUUUUGGAUCCAGGUUUUUUAUUUCGUCUUCCUAUCCAUUACAGGAUUUUGGGUUCUUAAGUUUUUAAAGCCGAAAACCGAGUUCAGGCCUAGGAACAUAGACUUGUUUUUCACUUCUGUGUCUGCUACCACGGUCUCAAGCAUGUCCACAGUCGAAAUGGAGGUUUUCUCUAACGCGCAAUUAAUUGUUAUGACCAUCUUGAUGUUCAUAGGGGGUGAAAUUUUCACUUCCAUGGUUGGACUUCACUUAAAGAGGUCCAAGAUUAUUACAUGGAACACCGAAGAAAAAGGUACUUCUGUUGAUCAAAUUCAGUUGACUAUAGAGCCAGUCCCCAACUAUAAAGCACCGUGGUUUGAGACUCAAAAUGAUGUCUCAUCACCAUAUUGUAACGCGAUUCUCCACUACAAUUCAAUCAAAUUUUUGAGCUUUGUAGUUUUAGGCUAUUUUCUAGUAAUUCAAUUAUUAGGUGUCGCAUCUGUUUUAGUUUAUCUAGCCCUUUUUUCAAGUGCAAAAGAUGUACUAAGAAACAAGGGUAUUAAGGCACUAACUUUUUCUGUCUUCACAAUAGUUUCAACCUUUGCUAGUUGUGGUUUUGUGCCCACAAAUGAAAACAUGAUAGUUUUUAGCAAGAAUUCAGGGCUUUUAUGGAUUCUUAUUCCCCAAGUCCUUCUUGGGAACACAUUAUUUCCAUCGUGUUUUAGAUUUUUGAUAUGGGUUUUGGGAAAGAAAAUCAAAAAGGCCGAGGCCAAAUACCUGUUGAAGAAUACAACAAAAGUUGGGUACCUCCACUUGCUUCCUAGCCUACAUUCAUCGUUCCUAGUAGCCACGGUGCUCGGGUUUAUUCUCACAGGGUUCGUACUAUUCUGCUUUCUGGAGUGGAAUUCAGAAGGCUUGGGUGGACUCAAUACUUAUCAAAAAGUCGUUGGCAUUCUAUUUGAAACGGUUAAUGCAAGGCAUAGCGGUGAAACUAUUGUCGAUCUCUCUACAAUUGCACCAGCCAUCUUGGUGUUCUUCGUUGUAAUGAUGUACCUUCCACCAUAUACAUCAUUUCUACCAGUUAAGGGGGAUGAACAAAGCACUCUUGACUGUGAAGGGGCAAAGAGAAGAAGAAAAUGGAUUGCUAAAAGUCUCGUAUUUUCACAGCUUUCUUAUCUUGUCAUCUCAAUUAUUCUAAUAUGUAUUACUGAAAGAAAGAGCAUCAAAGAGGAUUCCAUCAACUUCAGUGUGCUCAAUAUCGUAAUUGAAGUUGUAAGCGCUCAUGGAAAUGUGGGCUUCACGACUGGCUAUAGUUGUGAGCGUCAACUACGGCCUCAAGCAAAUUGUACGAACAAAUGGUACGGAUUCUCCGGAAAAUGGAGCGACGAGGGAAAAAUAAUUCUCAUUCUUGUCAUGUUUUCUGGGAGACUGAAAAAAUUCAAUAUGAAUGGAGGGAAAGCAUGGAAGCUCUUGAAGUCCACACCAAAAGCUUGUUUGCCUUUAAUUGUUUACAGUAGAAAAAACACAAUGGAGAACCAUGAGGUAACACUAUUUCAAGUUUAUCUCAAAUCCUUAUUCUUAAAACAAAUUUUGAGUAUAGUAAUGCAGGAUAAAAUCUUUUCUCAUCUUUCAAGGGUAUAAUAAAGCAGGAUUGAAUCUGGAAUC